AUGAUAAUCUUAUAUGGCUCCCAAACAGGAAAUUCUAUACAUAUUGCUAAACUUAUUCAAAAUGUUAUACUAUACGGGUACAAUGAAGAUUUGAUUUAUAACGUUGAUAAAGAAUUGCUUCCAACAGAUUUUACUUUAGAUAUGGACAGUUUUGAUUUCGAAAAAAUAUUAGAUAUUGAUAUGAUUAUAUUUGUAUGUUCGACUCAUGGGAAUGGUUCUGAACCUUUUAACAUGACUAAAUUUUGGAAAUUUUUGCGCAAAAAAAAUCUGCCUACAAAUUUUUUACAACACUUAAAUUUUGCUGUAUUUGGCCUUGGGGAUUCGUCUUAUAAAUCUUUUAAUUUUUGUUCUAAAAAGUUGUAUAAUUGCCUUUUAAAACACGGAGCUAAACCUCUGAUAAGAAAGGGUAAUGGAGAUAGCCAAGACAAAGAAGGAUUUAUGGGCGAAUUUAAGACAUGGAUAAAAGAUCUAUAUUAUAUAUUACCGCAUUACAAACUACAAAAUGCUAAAAAUUUUGCAAGUUGUAAAAAUGAUUUAUACAGUGCGUCAAUAAAUGAUAUUAAGAUAUUAACACCUUACAAUUACAUUUAUCCUAUUUUAGAAAUAAAAUUUGAUAUAGAUAUAGAAAAUUUUGAAAUCGGUGAUUGUCUAGCGGUUUAUCCUGAAAAUUAUAAUUACGAGGAGUUUGUAAGAUAUAAUAACAUAAAGGACAAUACCUUGGUUAAAUAUAUUAAAAAAUAUUGUGAUUUUAAUUCUAUUCCUCAAAUCUAUUUUUUUCUACAACUUUCGCUUAUCACAGAUACCAUUGCUGAGGAAUAUCGUGAGAAAUGUAAAGAAAUUUAUCUAAAUUACGAUCUGUACUAUGAUUACAUUUUACUACCGAAGCGCACUAUUUUUGAGGUUCUAAAAGAUUUUAAGAUAAAACUUACCUCAAAUUUUAUGUACAAGUAUAUCCCUGUAAUUAAUCCAAGAUAUUUUACAUUAACGAAAAAAGAUUUUUGUUACUUUGUCACCGUCUCUCUUGUUUCUUUUAAAACAAGUUUAAAAGAAGAACGAAAAGGUCUUUGUUCAGAGUAUUUAAAAUUACUUACUAAAGGGUCUACUAUUCAUGUUAACAUAGUACAAAAUAGACUUAAUUUUAGUGGUAAAAAGAUUUUGUUUAUGUGCACUGGUACUGGUAUUACACUUCCCAGGGCAUUUGUUAAUUACUAUUCUGAUUUAAAUUUUUUUAAAAAAGUUAUUUUAUUAUAUGGUUUUAGAUUUAGAGAUGUAGAUUUUUUAUAUAAAGAAGAGUUUGAAAAUAAAGGUAUUGAAAUUUACCCCGCUGUUUCAAGGGAAGAUAAUAAAUACAUACAAGAUAUUUAUAAGACUAUAAAAGGGCUAGAAAAUAUUGAUGAUUGGUUAAUAUUUGUAAGUGGAAAUUCUAGACUUAAUAAUAUUAUUGAAAAAAUGUUAUUAGAUAUUUAUAAAAAGAAAAUAUAUUUUCAGGCAGAAACUUGGUAA